CGAAGAGAGGUUGGUUUGUGUCAGUAGUCGCCCAGCCUUGUUCUCCGGCUGACGCGACAUACCUUUGCCUUAAAAAAAAAGUUGCGAAACCAUAGUGAUCUCUGUGCCUGUGUGGAACUGACAUUUCCAGAUAAAAAAUGAAGUUGAAACAAGAGCUGCUGGUCCAGCCUAGUGGGGAGCUGUGGAAGAGCAUCCGAGUGGAGCUGAAGGAGGAUGUGACGACACGUGACAGAGACGUGGCAGCUAUUAGAGAGUGGUUGAAGAAGCAGCCACAUCUGCCUGAUGAUUGGGAAACGCCUCCAAUAAUGACCUUCCUAAGAGGCAGCAGCUUCUCAUUAGAGAAAUGCAAAAGGAAGUUGGACAUGUACUUCACGAUGAGAGCAGCCUGCCCAGAGUUCUUCACGAAACGUGACGCCAACAGACCUGAACUCAACGAGAUUAUGACUAACAAAAUCCAAGGACCACCACUUCCAGGCGUCACACCAAAUGGUAGAAGAGUAACUAUUUGCAGAGGCAUCCACCCCGAUCUAAGUUCACAGCAGAUCACAGAUGCUCUGAAGCUAGCUCUCAUGAUAGGUGAUGUACGUCUGACUGAAGAAAGAGAAGGAGUGGCUGGAGACAUCUAUGUGUUGGACGCUGCGAUCUUGGGAGCCAGUAUGCUGGCCAAGCUGUCCGCUGCCACUGUCAAGAAGUUUAUGAUCUGUGUGCAGGAAGCUUAUCCAAUCAAAUUAAAAGAGGUCCACAUCAUAAACACAUCGCCGCUGGUCGAGCGUUUUGUCAACUUCGUCAAACCUUUCCUUAAGGAGAAGAUAAGGAAGCGGAUCUACAUCCAUAGAGAUGUGAAAGACCUAUACAAGUACAUACCUCAAGAAAUGCUGCCCUCGGAGUACGGUGGCCAGUGUGGCAGCAUAGCAACUCUACAAGAGCAAUGGAAGCUAAAACUUCAAGAAUACCGCGAUUGGUUUAAGCGCCAAGACAGCAUUAUUGCCAACGAAUCGCUCCGGCCAGGCAGACCCACCAACUACGAUGAGCUAUUCGGAAUCGAUGGCUCCUUCAGACAACUCUCAAUCGAUUGAUUCAUAUCGAUUUAAAUGUCAGGCUGACAACGUCACAUCACUUGAAAUGUCACGAUGACAGAUGCGAGAUUGUCAAACUGAUACCAUUAUUAAAUUAAGUUUUUUUUAAUCUGUGACUAGAGUUGUGUACAGGGUGUAAGAAAUACUUUUUGUUUAUUUUCUU